GCGGCUGGCAGAGCUGCGAUCGGGAGCCAGGCUCAAGCCCCGAGGACGAGGGGCGGACGGACCCGCCGACGGACACCGCGGGCCCGCUGCCACGGUCUCGCAUCCUCCAUCGGGAAAAGUACUGAAACUUAAAAAAUGUCAUCUAUCAAGCACCUAGUUUAUGCAGUUAUUCGUUUCUUACGGGAACAAAGUCAGAUGGAUGCUUAUACUUCAGAUGAACAAGAAAGUUUGGAAGUUGCAAUUCAGUGCUUGGAGACAGUUUUUAAAAUCAGCCCAGAAGAUACACAUCUAGCAGUUUCACAGCCUCUGACAGAAAUGUUCACAAAUUCCUUCUGUAAGAAUGACAUUCGGCCUCUCUCAAACUCAGUACCUGGAGAUGUGGGAAAAGCUGACCAAUUAAAAGAUGAAGGCAAUAACCACAUGAAAGAAGAAAAUUAUUCUGCUGCAGUGGAUUGUUACACACAGGCAAUAGAACUGGAUCCAAAUAAUGCGGUUUAUUACUGCAACAGGGCUGCUGCUCAGAGUAAAUUAGGUCACUACACAGAUGCAAUAAAGGAUUGUGAAAAGGCAAUAGCAAUUGAUUCAAAGUACAGCAAGGCCUAUGGGAGAAUGGGGCUGGCCCUCACUGCCAUGAAUAAAUUUGAAGAAGCAGUUACAAGUUAUCAAAAGGCAUUAGAUCUUGACCCUGAAAAUGAUUCCUAUAAGUCAAAUCUGAAAAUAGCAGAACAGAAGUUAAGAGAGGUAUCCAGUCCUACAGGAACUGGAUUGAGCUUUGACAUGACUAGCUUAAUAAAUAAUCCAGCCUUCAUUAGUAUGGCAGCAAGUUUAAUGCAGAAUCCUCAAGUUCAACAGCUAAUGUCAGGAAUGAUGACAAAUGCCAUUGGGGGACCUGCUGCUGGAGUUGGGGGCCUAACUGACCUGUCUAGCCUCAUCCAAGCGGGACAGCAGUUUGCUCAGCAGAUACAGCAGCAGAAUCCUGAACUCAUAGAGCAACUGAGAAAUCACAUCCGGAGCAGGUCAUUCAGCAGCAGCACGGAAGACCACUCCUGACUCUAGAUUAGGGAUUCUAGACUGGAAACGGUUACUGCUCUGAAGUGUUUGCUGUAGAUAGUGGCCAAAAAACAAAAACAAAAAACCUACAGAAUACAUCCGUGUAGACAAUAGGUUUAUCACAAACAGACUUCACCGUAAUGUGACUCCUUUGUAAAUGAAUGGUCACUCAACAGGGUUUCAUUUUCACAUCUUCAUCGUCAUAUCUGUAUGCUAGACUUAAUAGCAGUAAGGCUGUUUAUUGGUGAGCGCUCUGGCUCCCAAUUCCCUUCAGCAAACUUUCUGAGAGGGAGAUGACCAAGAGGAAAGGUUUCACGUGCUGGGUUAAGAGCAACGUGCUUGCCAAUGAGCAGCACGCCUGGAGAGAACUUUGAUAUCUAGGUUUAGCCUUGAGAAUGCCAUCAGUGAUGAAUAUAUGUCACAGGAGCCAGCACUGUCUUUAAUGCUGCUCAUUUUAAUGGGUGGCAGGGAGGCAUCAGAGCUGGUAGAAAGCAGAAUUUGGUGGAAGGGUUGUUUGAAAAGAAAGAAUAGAUGCUGUGAAUGUAUAGAAAGUGAAGGUAGGUAGGAUGCUCAGGUUUUUGCCUAGUUUUUAAUUAAUCUUGCCUGUAGUUUGGUAUUUAUAACAUUAGCAUGGCUAAUUAUACUAUGUACAUAAUAAAAUACAUUUAGAAAUCCUUAA